AUGGAAAGAAUUAUUGAAGUUCAUGAAGAUCGACUCACUGUUGAUAUUCGGUGGUUACGUGGGGUCUUCAAUACCUUCGAUUCUCUUCGGAAAAAGAUCGUCAAGAUAAUGGAGAAUGAAAGGAAGGCGAAAGAAUUGGUAGAGGGACUGCCGAUUGUAACAGUUUCAGAUUUUCAUGUUGACGAUGGGGUUUUCUGUGGAAUUUGUCGGGAUGAUUUUAUUCUGGAGGAAGAGGUUCGAGAAAUUCCUUGUAUGAUCCGACACAUAUUUCAUUCUCACUGUAUUUGGCCAUGGCUUGAGGAUCACAAUACUUGUCCCAUCUGUACCACGCCAUUCUUUACGGCGAAUGAGCCAAAAAUACUACGAGAGGACCGAGUGUAG